GGACAAGAAGUACUGAACGCAUUUCCACGUGUUUAUAUAGUUUUGUUACGCCGUUUGCUUUCCUCGCUCCUCGGACUCAUCGUCGCGUCAUACCUCGUAUCGGAGAUAAGAAAGAUGAUAUAAUUAUACGAGCUAUCGGCAAAGAAAAGAGCAUGUAGUCCAGUCCAAAAUCCCCGGCUUAUUUGUACUUGAAAAUAGAUAAGCCUCUCUCGGUUGGGAGCUACUUCUCAUCGAGUCCGAUAACGAUUACUUUUAUGAUAUUUCAAUUACGUGUGUGAUAACGAGUUCCUCGAAAUCAGCUGAUUUGGUAUUACGAUUAAUGAAAAUUGUUAAUAUCGUACACAGAUUUUACGAUCAUGUGGAAAGUGAAUUAAAAUCUGUAAGAAUAGGUGCUCUUAUCGGGACCCCUACUUACACGUUAUACGCGUGAACAUACAAUCUUAAAAAUGAUAAGCACCUGCAAGACACCUUAUCAAUAAACGAGAAGUUGCGGUUCCAUCGCCUACGGAUCAUUGUAACAUUUUCCUUAUAUUAUUUUACUGUUGAACAGCGGUUGAGACUACUUUAAUAUAAAAUCAUCUGAAACUGCCGGGGAACGAGUAUUGAAUUCAAGAUCUUAUUUGAAACUCGUCUACGUGUGAGUUGGCCUGAAAUUCAAUAAGUCGUGCGAAUGUGUGCGCGUAUAGAUAUGCAUUUAACGAUUUAACGUUCUAACGAGUAUUCACACGAGCGCACGACUGUCCGACAAUACAGCGAACCGUCAGUCAAUUCUCAGUGGUCGCCGACCAUACGUCUGUGUGAACACAUAUAAGCACUUUGCGCGCCAAAUCGUGUAUGCCGUGUAUGCGCGAUUCGUUUCCCGCAAUUCGGUGCGUUCGACUAGCUGCGGUUCGGUCUCCUGAUUCUGAUAUCUGUUUACUUGUAAGAAGUUAAAUAGUUGACAUGGACGAAGAUUACGAGACUCUACGGAACAAGAAUAUAGCCGAGAGGAAUGCUUUCUUUGCCGAAUUAUUUCAAGAUGCCAAGAAGCAGAAACAGGAAAUAAAGGAAUUGGAAGUUAAACAUAUAGACGUAGUUAAAGACGUAGUUAAAGAUGAAGACUCAGAGGAUCUCGAAAAUGAACCACCGAAAAAGAAACAAAAAAGAGAUCCGGAAACAAGACUUUCAAGAAGACGCUAUGAUCUCAGAGAACGUAAAACGUAUAGCACUAGGAAUAGGGCGAAGGGUUCAAACGAAAACGAAGACGACGAAGAGGAAAACUAUUCGAAGAGACCUCGCAGAAGUGGACGUAAACUGCGAGUUUUAUUCCCGUGGGCAAAACCUGCUCAACGGUCAGUAGAUUUAAUGAAAAUGGGAGUUUGCGAUGUGGACGAAGAGGAAGAAGAAUAUGAGGACAAUGACAGCGACGAUGACUAUGACGAUGAUGACUAUGACGAUGAUGACUAUAAUGACGAUGACUACGACAACGAUAACUACCGUAGGUCUAAAAAGACAUUUUUGAAAGUGAAAAAAGCUCCGUAUGAUCCGAACACCAUACCAUCGGUCGAUGAGAUCACAGACGAAAUGUUAGAAAAUGUUGCCGAAAGAUUUAGCGAUAAGACAUACGAUAAAAUUGAUGGGACCAGCUGCCAUCAGUGUAGACAGAAAACGUUGGACACGAAAACGGUCUGCCGUUCGGGAGAAUGCAUCGGAGUUCGGGGACAAUUCUGCGGUCGGUGUUUGAGAACAAGAUACGGUGAGAGCGCUGUGGAAGCAUUGAAGAAUCCAACCUGGUCUUGUCCACCGUGUCGUGGAUUGUGCAAUUGUAGCAUAUGCAGAACGAGAGAAGGAUUACCCCCUACCGGAAUACUGGUAUAUGCUGCACAAGAAGAAGGAUACUCAUCCGUUUUGGAUUAUCUCCAGUCUACCGAACGUGAAGAUUAAUAGUUUGCUCAUUUUUAUUUCAUUGUUUGUUUUUGGUUUAAGAUAUUUAUUAUAUUAGACAAGAAAGUAUUUAUGUUUAUAUAUUUACAAAUUACAUCAGUCAUGAACACAAUAAAUCUACUUAGAUUCAAGAA